CUGACUGCUGGCUGAGCUGAGCUGGAAAGGAUCUCUCCGAGCCUGGCAGAGGGAUCAGAUCAGCAGCUGUGGAGAGGGAGAGAGAAUAGACUUUGAGCAGGUUCAAGGAGACCAUCGAGGAGGAAACUCUCAAAUGCAGAAUAAAACACACACAGUCAGGCACAUUGGAUUCUUUAAAAAGACACAUAUUUACCAUUAAGGAGGGCUUUCUGUUUUCUGCCAAGUGGAGCCAACUUGAGGAACAUUUGAAGAAUCUCUCCAACACUUUGCCAUUUCUCUUAACUUUGGGGAAAACGCAUCAUGUCAUACCCCAUCACACUGUGUGUGUACUUUUUAAUGGUCCUGAACCCAGUUGUGACACUCACCGAGGACAUAGACGUGUUGGUGUUUCUACCACAAAAUAAUUCCUACCCUUUUUCGCGCACACGCGUCGAGCCGGCGAUCCGUUACGCGCAGCGGUGGCUGCAGACAGGACGGUACUCCGGCUUCCGCUUCAACAUCCAGUUCGAGACCUCGGACUGUCUGAAUGGCGCUCUGUUCAUGCUGGUGGACCGGUCCUGCGGGCAGAAGCCGGAUCUGAUCCUGGGUCCCGUGUGCGAGUACGAGGCUGCUGCGGUGGUGAGGCUGGCGUCGCACUGGGACGUCCCGGUGAUCUCGGCAGGUGCCCUGGCAACCGGCUUCAGCAACAAGGACAGCGAGUACUCCCACCUGACGCGCAUCGCGCCGUCCUACGUGAAGAUGGCAGAGACCUUCACGGCGAUGUUCGAGCACUUCACGUGGAAGACCGCGCUGCUGGUGUUCGAAGACGACAAGGAGGAGAGGAACUGCUACUUCACUCUGGAGGGAGUCUACCACCUGAUGGCUGACUUCAACUUCAAGACCUACGCGUUUUCUCUAGAGGAUCGACUGGACACUGAUGACAUCCUGCAGAACAUCCAGGACACUGAAGUGGUGAUCAUGUGCAUGGGAGCAGACAAAAUACGAGAGAUCAUGCUGGCUGCACACAGACGACGGUUGACCAAUGGCAAUUAUAUGUUCUUUAAUGUUGAACUCUUCAAUGCCUCUUCUUAUGGCAAUGGCUCGUGGAAGAGAGGAGAUAAAUAUGAUAACGACGCGAGGCAAGCCUUUGCUGCUCUGAACACUGUGACACUGCUCAGGACUGUCAAGCCCGAGUUUGAAAACUUCUCCGUGGAAAUGAAAAAGUCCAUCGAAAAAGCCGGGUUUCCUGACUGCAAAGACUGCGGAAGUGUCAACAUGUUUGUUGAGGGAUUCCAUGAUGCCAUGUUGCUGUAUGCCAUCGCCUUGCAUGAAGCCAUGAAAAAUGGAUACAGUAAGAAGAACGGAACAGAGAUCACCUCACGCAUGUGGAACAGAACCUUUGAAGGAAUCGCUGGCCAGGUAUCUAUGGAUGUCAAUGGUGACAGAAAUGGGGAUUUCUCUUUGAUGGCCAUGACAGAUGUUGAGGCAGGAACCUAUGAGGUGGUGGCCAACUACUUUGGUGAAAAUGGAACUUUUCAGGUGCUGCCUGCCUUCAAUACUGACCAUUUCACCCUGAGAGGAAGACAUAAAGCACACACAGAGGUCGCGGAUAAACCAUGUGGACUAGGAGUAUCAGCUUUGACUGGAGUCAUAGUGGGAGCUCUUCUGGGAACGGCAAUGCUUAUAGCAUUCUACUUUUUCAGAAAAAACUACAGGAUUACCAUUGAGCGUCGCACACAAAGUGAAGAGUGCGAUACUGGGAAGCACCGCCAGUUACGAGAGGACUCCAUCAGAUCGAACUUCUCGGCAGCAUGAUCGGCAGCAGCGGCAGUGCCUUCAAAGAAAAUCACACAUCUGAAUGUGACCAAAGACUUUUGCAAUGGUUGUCAGUGGAGCCAAUGCUGUUAAAAAAUGAGACAUUUUGUGUUUGUAUCCUUAAAUGUUUUGACUUAUUGUAACUCAGGACAGUUGUAACAGUCACAAAGCACCACUUUAUCCUCCAUACAAAAGGUAUAUGAUUGUAUCGGUGUAUAGAACACUUAGGCCAUAAUAUUCUUUAAAGGUUCUAUAUACAACAUUCAGAACAUUAAUAUAGCAGCAAACAACUGUUUGCUAUGUAAAGAUAGAGUAGGCUAAUGUCUGCCUGAGCAGAGAAUGAAGUCACACUCCCUCUGUGUGUCUUGUAAUCAGAGCUUCUCUGUUCUUUGUUUUAGUAGCCGGGCCGGCCGUGAGUGCACGUUAGUGCACGUGAGUCGCUCCCUUCAUGCCCCACUGGCUAGCUAAUUGCCACUGCCGCUCUGCACUGUGCUCAUACGGUGGUUACCGCUGAUUGCCGUUUCCUAAGUGUUCCUAAGGGUUCCAGAUGAACACCGUUAGCUCCCUCAGCACUGUUGGCACCAUUAGCACUGCCGCCAUUUUGGCUUCAUGUUUGCUUGUGAUGAGAGCCAUGUGCAGGCAAUCCCGGCCCAGACUCUGAAUGUUGCAUAUAGCUCCUUUAAGGUUGGUAAACAAUAAUGGCAGAGCAAAUCUUUUAAGAGAUGAUACAGCCGGAGCUAACCGACUAAAAAGGAUAUAGGCUCGAUCUAUAUCUAUAGGCUAUAAGCUACUGAUAUUAAGCUACUGAUAUUGUAAGGUUUUCAGUUCACCAUAACCUUGCUGAGAUCCAGCAUCCUCCAUACAAGUCCUCAUUCCUAAGCACAUUGCUCUUAAAAUGAGAAACACUGGGUCACAUAUCGUCUUGAGUACAUCUACACCUUUAGAUUGGCUCAUUUAUACACUAAUUCCUUUUUUAAAUUUGUCCAUUUUAAAAGAUUCAAAUUGCUACCUGCAUAAGACAUUUGCGGUACUACUUUCUGAUUAGGCGUACUUUACAAAGUAUGCUUUAUUAAUGGUUAAUAAAUGAUUCACUAAUGCUUCAUAGAUCAGUAAUACGCCAGUAGUAAGAACAACUAGGGUUGUGGUCGCUUUGGCUUAACAGCGAACCGUCCUCCCAAUGAAUUAAAGGAAAAGUACAAUUUAUUACAACUUGUUUUUUAUUUUUGUCGCUCUGGCCUUUGAUUCGAUCAGUUUUGAUUAUCUGACCGGUCUGAUCUUCUAUGUGCUCAAGUUUGUCCCCCUGUUAUAGCAAAAUAACUGUGUUCUGAGUUUGCAACAAUAUGUUGCUGAGUACAAUGUUAUCAUAACCGAUCAAACCGACGAGUAAAUAGUAGUGAAAAAUAGAAAAGAUUUAUAGAGCCAUCUAAAAACACAAAGCAAGUUAAGUUAGUACACACAAAGGUUUUUAAUAAUGGCUUAUUACUGACGCAUUCAUUAUUAAAUGAUUUAUCAGCAUUACCAAAGACAUAGGUUCCAAAUGAUAAACCCUUUAUAAAGUAUUCCUUAUCAGAAAGUGGAACUGAAAUCCUAAUUAAUUGUGAUAGUCAUAAUAGAUAAUUAUAUUUCUGUGUUAUAAAGGCAGUGUGAGAUGCUUUCCAUAAACAGUAGUGACUGCAUGAAAAAAGUAUUUCACUCUGCGUUAGUGACCUUUAGUUUUUAGCUAACUCUCUGUCAUUUGGGUUGCAUUAUUCAUGCAGGAUUUAAAGACUUUUUUUUUUUUUUAUAGACACAAAAUAAAGACAGUGAACUUGGUAAAUAGCCUA